AGACCAAGGCGUGCAGCUGAAAUGGAUUUUUAUCGGGAACCCUGUCUCCAUAAUCAUUCCACAAACAGCAAUGAAAACUUGCAUGGUCAGUUGAGCAAUAACAGUGCAAAGUACAGCUGCAAGGCCUUCCACUAUCAAACUGCCAGUUGAUAUUUCACAAUCAUGACUCUGGUACAAAGAAAGGCAACUCGGGUGAAUGAGGAGACACCAACAGGAGAGAGAAAGAACAGAUUUCAACAUGCUGCGAUGUUUUACAUCCUGAGGUGUCAUCUUUGGAUGGGCAGCUGUUUCCCAACGCUUCAGAAUGCUUCUGUUCGCUUUCUGCUCUUUGUGAGGUAGCAUUCCGGGGAUUCUGGAUCAGUGGUGCUGGAAGAGCACAGCAAUUCAGGCAGCAUCCAACGAGCAGCGAAAGGGAAUACUGUGCCUUUGCUUUUCCAUCAGAAUAAAGAGGCUUUUGCAAAGAUGAUCAUUCACUAUGGCAAACCUGUUCGAAGGAAUAACUCUGAUAGUGAACAACAGAGACCGGGACCAACUGGAUACCCCCCAAGAGCUGGACAACAAAGUGCGUAACAAGCUGGUGCUGCUCUAUUUCGGGUCCAGGGAGUGCCCGAAAUGCCAGGAGUUUGCCCCCGUGCUGCAGGAGUUCUCCAGCCGUCUGCUGGAUGAGUUCUAUGUGGAACGGGCAGCUCAGCUGGUGCCUGUGUACGUCUCCCAUGAUCAAACAAAGGAGCAGGAACAGCAACACCUCCGGACACUGCCCAGCAAGUGGCUCUACCUACCUUUCCAGGAUAAGUACAAGAGAGAGUUACGAAAGAUGUACAAUAUCAAGGUCAUCCCAAGCAUUGUUGUUCUAAAGCCCAAUGGUGACCUUAUCACUAGAAACGGAGUAGCAGAGAUCUCCAUGAUGGGAGUGGGCUGUUUCAAAAACUGGUGGGAAGCAUCUGAGAUCAUCGAUAGGAAUUUUCUCCUGGCAGAAGACUUUGAAGACUGGACCUGGAAGAGUAUGACUGAUCCCUUAAGGCAGAUUAAGUACAAAGUUAAAAAAUCUGGAUUGGGGGGCACAGAAGGCCCAUGAAAUAAACUAAGCAGUGUUGUGUGUUCCAGCUCCAGCUUCCACCCAAUGCUUUCCAAACACAUUGUGGGGAUCUGGGAUGCAAUCGACUAUUCCCUACUGACACACAUUAGCAAGGCCCUAAUCCAAACUAAAUUGUGGACUGCAACAUUGGAAAAUUCCUGUCAGAAUCCUCUAUUAUGCAAGGGAAAAAAAAAUCACUAGAUUAUUGCAUGCAGGCUAAACUACGUAACUAGAUUUAUUCACAAAUAAAAUGCAACAUGUCAAACAGUACAAUACUUAUCCCAUAGAACUGUAAUCAGUCCAUAAGGUUUUGAUAUAUUCUUGCAAUCUUGACAUAGGAAAAUAGAUUCUAUUAGUAAAUUUUGAGAGAUCCACCUCCCAGCCCCAAGUACAAUUAGUGAUAAAUAGCGAACUAAUGAAAAGACUAGGAUGCCCGGAAUACAAAUGUUUCUUCUCCCUUACGUGGUAGUGCAGCUGCUGCAAAUGAUUAUUUUAUUGAAUUAGCUUCCAAGAUAAUUAUACUGCUCUGCAACAUCUGAUCUCAAUCUUAAAUUACCAUAUACAAUAGGGGGUUCCCGCUAACAGCAACUGCAGAAUACACCUAGUGGACAACAGCCAAUCAUUCUGCUGCAUCUGUGCACAUUAUCUCCUUUAAUUAUUAAAGGAAAUCCUUUAGUUGGCUCACUUUGUAAUGAGCAUGGAAAAAAUGCACAAUAAGACGACAACAUUCUUCCUAUUAAAGUUAUCUUGUACCUGA